AUGUGUGAGCACAAUGGUUUCAGGAGCGCGCAUGUCCGCGUGAGCGAUCGCCGAGGGGAGCACGGAGGAAAUUGUGGAGGGGAGCGUGUUGGGGAGCGCGGUGGCCACCUGGGUCGCCUAGGGCACCCGGUUGGCUUGGCCCGCCACUGGUACCAGCAGCCUGUCAGCUACAGCUUUCAGCCCAAUGUGAAAAUUUCUAGUUCAGAAUCAGACAGCAGCACCACAAUUCACUGCCAUGUUCAUGGGUUUUACCCUCGGGAAGUCGAUGUGAAAUGGAUAAAGAAUGGGAGAGAUGAGAUUGACUCAGAGGAGGCACCAGAGAUCCUGCCAAACCCUGAUGGCACCUAUCAGAUCAGAGUGAGUGUGGAGGUAACACCAGAGGAGGGCGCCACUUACUCCUGCCAUGUGGAUCACAGCAGUUUGAAUAACGAGAUAGUUGUGGAUUUCAAAUCCAAGCACAGAUCUGCCUUUUACAUCCUGAUCAGUGUGACUGUGCUCGGGCUCUUCCUUGCUGGUUUGGGAAUAUUUAUACACAAAAGGGUAAAAGGCCGAAAAGGCAGCCGGCAGACUGUGAGCACCGUAGAAGAAGACUUCACAUCAUAAUACAUUGUUGAUGUGUUCAUUCAAUCCUCUUCAUGUGAUCAAUCCUGAAGCAUUUAUUAUGUUAGUGCAACAAUGUCAUUAGUUUCAAGCAGAAUCCUAGGCUGGAUGGACAGUUGAAGCAACUGCAGAAAGAGAGACAACAUUUAGGGGGUUAUUCAAAGUCUGGUCGGACUUUUAAAGGGGAAGAACACGUAGAAAUAGAAAUAUUGAU